AUGUUCACACAUCCGCUCGAGCUGCCUGAGCUUCGCUCUAUAAUUGCUAGCUAUCUUGGCCACAAAGACCUCGCGUCCUGUGCGCGUGUGAGUCAAGAUUGGAACGAUGCCUUUACACCAGCUCUCUACAAGAUUGUCGUUGUGUCGGAACAAGGCCCCAGCUUGGAAUCUCUCGAGAGAAACAAGCACCUAAUCAAAAGCUUGAAGGCUGAGAGGGUUAUAUACCAAAACCAAUCAUCGACAUCUGCAAGAACCGAAGUGCUUUCUAGCAUCCUGACCAGCUCAUCGCUGACUACUUUGGGCUUGCGCAGAAACCUGAUCAGAGAAACUGGAGCUCAUGAACUGGCUGAAGCGCUCAAGACCAACCCCACACUGACCACGUUGGACUUGGGCGACAACCUUAUCAGAGAAAAUGGAGCUCAGGCGCUGUCUGAGGCUCUCAAGACAAACUCCACGCUGACCAGUUUGGACUUGCGCCUCAACGUGAUCAAAGACAACGGAACUCGGGCGCUAGCUAAAGCACUUGAGACCAACGCAACCCUCGCCACUUUGAACUUGAGCGGCAACAUGAUCGAAUUCAACGGAGCUCAGGCACUGGCUGAAGCUCUCAAGGCCAAUUCGACGCUGACCAUCUUGGACUUGAGCAGCAACCUGAUCAGAGAAAAUGGAGCUCAGGAGCUGGCUGAAGCACUCAAGACCAACUCCACACUGACCACGUUGGACUUGCACGGCGGCUCGAUCAGAGAAAAUGGAGCCCAGGCGCUGGCUGAAGCACUCAAGGCCAACUCCACUCUGAACAUCUUGGACUUGCGCAACAACUUGAUCAGAGAAAAUGGGGCUCAGGCGCUGGUUGAAGCACUCAAGACCAAUUCGGCGCUAACCACUUUGAACUUGGGCCUCAACACCAUCGGAGAAAACAAAGCUCAGGCGCUGGCUGAGGUACUCAAGGUCAAUUCCACUCUGACCACAUUGGACUUGAGCAAAAACUCGAUCGGAUCCAACGGAGCUAAGGCGCUUGCUCAAGCACUCAAGAACGAAUCAACGCUUACUACUUUGGACUUGAGCUGCAACUCGAUCGAAUUCAGCGGAGCUCAGGCGCUGGCUCAAGCACUCAAGACCAACUCCAGUCUGGCUACUUUGGACUUGAGCAGCAACUCAAUCGGAUCCAACGGAAUUCAGACGCUGGCUCAGGCGCUCAAGGCCAACUCGAUUCUAAAAAAUCUAAACUUGAGCAAAAACUCGAUUGGAGAAAGUGGAGGUCAGGAGCUGGCUGAGGCGCUCAAGGUUAAUUCGACUCUCACCAGUUUGGACUUGAACAAGAAUUCAAUUGGAGAAAAUGGAGCUCUGGCGCUGGCUGAAGCGCUCAAGAUCAACUCCAGUCUAGCCACGUUGGACUUGUGGCGCAACUUGAUCGGACAAAACGGAGCUCGGGCGCUGACAGAGGCACUCAAAGUCAACUCGACUGUGCGUAUUUUAGGUUUGGUAAAAUGA